AUGGGAGAGUCUGCCAGGGCAGCCAUAUUAAGCACUGAUAGGUGCAAGCAGGCAGAACCAAACUCAGUUCUAACAGUUCUCUUAUUCCUUUUACAGCUUGGCUACAGGGAUUUUUUGCAGGCACCCCUGCAGCCUCUGAUGGAUAACCUUGAAGCCCAAACCUAUGAGACGUUUGAGAGAGACUCUAUUAAAUACAUCCAAUAUCAAAGGGCAGUUGCUAAAGCCUUGGUGGACAGGGUCCCUGAUGAAAAAGCGUCCGAGUUAACUACUGUCUCGAUGGUUGUGGGAGCAGGAAGAGGACCCCUUGUGAGGGCAUCGUUGCAGUCAGCUGAAGAAACUGGCCGCAAGAUGAAAGUUUAUGCUGUCGAAAAGAACCCUAAUGCAGUUGUAACGCUCGAUAAUUUGGUUAAGAUGGAAGGGUCAUGCGACAUGCGUUUUUGGAGUGCUCCUGAGAAAGCUGAUAUAUUGGUUAGCGAACUGCUGGGUUCUUUUGGAGACAAUGAACUCUCUCCUGAGUGUCUUGAUGGAGCCCAAAGGUUUCUGAAACCAGAUGGAAUUUCAAUACCAUCCUCGUAUACAAGUUUCAUACAACCUGUAACAGCUUCAAACCUUUACAAUGACGUUAAGGCUCAUAAAGAUCUUGCGCACUUUGAAACUGCUUAUGUCGUCAAACUGCACAGUGUAGCUAAACUUGCUCCUUCCCAAUCUGUGAGUCUCUCUCUCCCUUCAGGUUUUCAUAUUUACUCAUCCAAACUUCUCAGCAAAAGCCAACAACCAACGCUACAAAAAGCUUCAUUUCAACCUACCAAGCGACGCUGGCUCAGCCUUGGUGCAUGGGAUUCGCUGGCUAUUUUGAUUCCGUCCUGUAUAAAGACGUCCAUCUUGGUACCGAGCCUACAACAGCAACACCAAACAUGUUCAGCUGGUCAUGGCUUAGUGUUUAAAUAUGCCAUUUAACAGAUGGACAGCUCUCUCCUAUGUCAGAAAAAGAAAACUGAUGUAAUAUAAUGUUCCUUUUGAUAGGUUCCCAAUCUUUUUCCCAUUGAAGAAGCCUGUGGAGGUCCACCCUGAUUCUCCAUUAGAAGUACACUUUUGGAGGUGUUGUGGUUCCUCAAAGGUUUGGUAUGAAUGGUCGGUGUCAUCUCCUACUCCAUCUCCGAUGCACAACACCAAUGGCCGUUCGUACUGGGUCGGCCUUUAGGAUCAGAGGAUACUGAGAAGAGUCUUGGACUGAUGAUGAAGUGAUGUA